AUGGAGGACGCUCUGAAAGAGGUAAAUCGCGCACGCGGCCUGGAGCGAUCCCUCGAGGAGCUUCAGCAGGUGCACCUGGAGCAAAACCGAGAAUUGCAGCGUCUUCAGGAUGAGGGCAGGAAGCUGGACACAUAUCGCCAGACGGCCAAAACCCAGGAGAAGGUUAUCUCCAAGUUGGAAAAGAUCUUGGAGAGCUCCUUGCAGGAGGUGCAAAAGGCGCAGAAGGUGCAGGUGGACAUUGAGCGCUUGAAGACAGAAAAUCUGAAGCUCCGCGAACGGUGCUCAAGCUUGCUCACGCGCAAAAAGGAAGUUGGAGACGAUGAAGCACAGGAGCUGCGGCAGCGGCUUGCGGAGAAAGAUGCUGAAAUCGCUCGGCUACAGAAAGUUGCAACCACUCUGAAGGCAAGUCCUGCAGAUACCGUUCAGGAGACUGUGCUGCCUUCAACCGCGCCUGACACUGCAGCUUUGUCGGCUGAAGAGCAGGAGCAGCUGGCCCAUCUUGAGGCAAAACGCUUUGAGUGGGAGCAGCGCUGUGCGGCUGCAGAGCAGCGGCUGCAGAUGCUUCAGCAACAGUUGACCGAAAGUUCAAAGAGGUACGGGGCGCAGAUUUCCACCCUGGAAGUGGAGAUUGCGAAGAAGGAUGCGCGCAUCAAAGAGUUGGAGUAUCUUCUGAGACAGCAAGAGCCUGCCCUGUAG